AUGGCCAAACAUUGCCUUUCUUUUCUGCUAAUCCUCCUUUCCAUCUUCUCCCUUUUGAGCACGGUGGAGCCUUCCUUUGCCGGGCAUACUGCUCAUCGACGUUCCAGGGCUCGAGCCAACAUCGAAGCUGCAUGCAAAGGCACUCUCUACCCGGACCUAUGUAUCCACUGCCUCACCACCUACGUAAAACCCAACACGACAAUCCAAAGCCCCCAGGAACUCGCCCAUGUAGCCCUAACUGCAAGCCUCUACCGUGCCCUAUAUGCUAGGGCCUUUGUGCUCAAGGUGGCAAAAGAGAUCGACAUACUCAAGAGGGAGAACCAAGUUGUUCGAGAUUGCUUGCAGCAGAUUAACGAUAGCGUGGACCAACUCAGUGGAUCGAUCAAGGAACUACGUCGGUUGGGGAAUAGCCCUGUGGGUGACGACCUGUUUUGGCACAUAAGCAACGUGGAGACAUGGGUUGGGACUGCCCUAACUGAUGCAAGUACUUGUGUGGAUGAGCUUCCCGGACCAAACAUGAGCAAACUGAAGGCGACUAUCAAAGGGAAAUUUCUCAAUGUGGCUCAAACGACUAGUAAUGCACUAGCUUUGUUUCAUAGAUUUGCUGUAAGGUAUAAAGCUGCAGCCAGUGCCACCAAGAAGCCCUAG